CGGAAGUGUCUUGGAAGCGCUUGUGUGUGGAGCGGAGCCCAGCCAGCGGCUUUUCAUCCAGCGGCAUUGGCAGCCGGUACUCCUUGCGCUGAGUAAGAGGUAGAAGGAGCAUGCAAUGGAUUACCAGGGAUCUGCUUUUAGAUUAAGGCUGAAGACUGGAAGAUGUAAGCAAAAGCUGCAGCUUGUACUCAUGCAGGCAAGGUGGUGCCUACCUUUCAUGUGGAAAGCUGUCUUACAAAAACUGAGGUUGCGUUUUCCAGAGCUUUUCUAACCUCAUGAAGUUUUUGGUGGAUGCUCCGGGUUCUCCACAAACUGUAUUUAGGUCAUUAUUUUAUUUUUCUUCAAGCAAAGUGUUUGAUCGUGUCUCCAGUCAAGCCUUUUAAAUAAUGAUUUGUACACUCUGGGAGAUCGGCAGGAACCAGUCUUGUAAAAUGUAGCUUUUUGGACACAGAAGAUUGUCUGCUUUACAGCAGUCGCAUAUGGUGUGAUGUUAGCUUCUGUAAGACAGAACAAACACUGAGGAAGCUAGCUAGUGCAAAAAGUGGACAAGUUGAGAAGAAACUGUUCUUUCCAUCUCCUUAGUUUUCUUCUUGCUUGGUGCUGCUGUUGGAACAAGAAUGGGUCAACUAUGUGGACGAUGCAUGCAGCUGCUGCGGGACUUCGUAGCCUUUGUUCAGAGGAUGUCCUCCGAUUUGGUGCACAGUGUCAAGGAAUGCUUGAUUCUGAUAAGCAAAUGCUCCUGCUUAAAACAAAACAGCUCUAAAACCAGACAGCUGUACAAGCCCAUCCUACAGCCUCAUGAGAGGGUGACAGCACAGGAGUUUCUGCAGCACAUUGAAACCGGUUUUGAAAUGUCACCCCUUGGAAAGGACCCCCUGGAGGCCUUGAGGACCUUAGCCUUUUCAGAAAACCCAGGUUUACAGCAGUCAGCUGCCCUCUAUUACCUGCAUAUGAGUCAGCACAUGAACAUCCCCCUGCCUGUGGAGCAUCUGGAACCCUUCUAUGCCUUACUACGGUCUGCUGACCUGGAGGUGCAGCAGAUGUCUUCCUUGUCCCUUGUCAACUUCUUGCUGGAAGGACAUAUUGACAAAGAAUUAGUUGUUCAAAUGGGUUUACUUGAGCCAAUUCUGGAUCUACUUGAGUCAGAGGAUCCCACUGUCCAGUGUAAUUCCUGUGCCUGCAUCAUGACUUUGGCUGUUUCAGAGUCCAACCGAGAGGCUAUUGGUGCUGCUCGAGGAGUUACACCCCUACUGUCUCUUGCCAAGUCCUAUGAUCCCAGAGUCCAACAAAAUGCAGUUGGUGCUAUUCUCAACCUCACACAAUCAGAGAAAAUCCAACAGGUCCUAUGCAAGGAAGGAGCCCUACCACUUCUUGCCUUGCUGCUGGAAUCUCCUGACUCAGAAGUGCAGUAUUACAGCUGUGCUGCCCUAAGCAACGUGGCAGCCAACGUUCAGCACCACAAAGCCUUGCUGAGACCUGGUGACAGAUUCCUGCUACGGACACUCAUCUCUCUCCUAUCCUCUUCUGUGGACAAGGUUUCAAGCCAGGCAUGUGUUUGCCUAAGAAAUUUGGCUAUCAGUGCGGACAUCCAGGCUGAGAUGGUUGCUGAGAAUGUCCUGUCCAAGCUGUGCUCUCUCCUGGCAUCUGGCAGCGAGGACGUGCGUCGUGCCUCCAUCGCUCUGCUCUGGAUACUGUCCCAGCACCUGCACAACCAGGACACUCUGGCAUGUGCUGAGCUACUGCAGAGCCUGGGGAUGUUACUGUCGGUGCAUAAAACAGACCCUGUGAUUGUUGGACAUACUGCUUGUAUCAUCAAAAACCUGAGCCUUUCCAAAAACAGACAGAGAAUCAUGGAGAGCGGGUGUAUUGAAGGUCUCCUCCAGACCAUGCUUUCUACCGACACUCAAGAGGACUCCCUUCGUUACGUGACAUCUUGCCUUGCUGAACUUGCAAAGCAAGAAGGAGCCACACUACACAUGGUCCAAUGGAUGGAUGAACAUUUGACAAAGUGCUUGGUGAGACUGGCUGGCCAACUGGAACACACUGAGUCAUCCUUUCAAGCUGCCUCCAUCAUCCAGCACAUGAUAGGUCACGAAAAAAUGAUGCUUUUAUGGAAGCAUCACAUUGGAGAGAUUCAAGCGUACCUCAAGAAUUUUCUUACCCACCGAGAGAUCCGGUUUCAGCAGCUGGGCAUCUCCACAUUCUGCAGACUACGAAAAGAUCCAGAAUUUUCAUUAGCAUUCAGAAAAAGCCAAAUGGCCAAACUCCUUGAGCAAGUCCGUCAACAAACAGAAGAAACUCAAGAGCUCCUUAAGGCAGCUAUUUGCCAUGAAGACAGUUAAGCCAAAUGGCUUAUGAAAACUUAUCACAUUCAAGAGUCUGAACUUUCAGAGAAAACAACUCUUUUCAUUGAUUCCUGUAGCUAAAAGUUUUCCUGCUACUUGCAUUUUCAUCAUACAGAAGAGAGGUUCUGAUAACAAGAACUGGAGCACGUCAAAAACCAAUUCCUUGAACAUUUUGGUUGGCUGCUUAAGUGUGCUUGAGGACAAGACUAUGGUCCUUUCCAAAUGGGGUGUGAAAAACACCCGUUAUGCUUGGUUAAUCCUCCAUGGUUUGUUUUUGGUUUCCUCACCACCACCCCCCUUCAAAAAAAAAAAGCACUGUAUUCAUGAGGUUUUCUUCAUAUAACAGGCCAAUUCCACUGAAGAGGCAUCUCAAGUAUGCAGGUUACUCUGCAUUCAUCUUUAUUUUGUUUCUGUUCCAUGCCCCUUAUUUCAGAGCACAC